AUGCUGCAAAGCAAAACAAAGUUUGUCGAUGGAGACGGAGGAGUGCUUGUGCAGGCUACAGUUGAGGGCAAGUCUUUCCCGGAGAAAAACAGAAAUCACAUACCGAAAGAAGGAACAGUCGAGGAAACAUCCAGCGCACGAGAAAGCUUGGCAAAUAUAACUUGUGUUGGAGCCGAGCUCCCGAAACUCGGCCCCAUCGAUCGAGUUUCGAUUCUCACAUCCCUCAUUUCGAAUGUCGGAGCCAAAACGAGAGAGCGGUAUUCGUAUGCACUCGAUACGUACGACAUCGCCAAUAUUCUCGACGAGAGCUUGAAUCCAGUCGUUAAGGUCAUUUGCGUGGAAGGUAGGUUUGACUUAGACAGCCUGAUAAAAAUUGGGCAAGAGCCAGAAACUUCUGCCGAUGGUGGGAUUUAUCUCCACAUUUUGUGGAAGGAAAGCGAACGGACAACUUUCUGGCUAUACAUUGGCCAAGCGUCGAAGUUCUGCGACAGAAUUCAAAAACAUAAUGAUCCCCGGUUUCGCCACAGAAAUCCGUCUCUGCAUUACAAGGUGUGGGAUUCAGCAAAGGAAAUGAAGUCAAAGUUCGUCAUUCUAGCGACCCUCACUCCGCCUGAAUGCCCCCAAACCCAGCUCAUUUUCAACCUGGGCGAGAUGUGGUUAUGCCUUGUUUUUCAAACCUUACCGGAACUUCAGAUGGGCCAGUGGUUGCCGGAAGAUGUGAAGACCCUGUGGUCUGGCCACCAUCUUAAUGUCGCGCUGCCACUAUGGCAAGGAUUCACAAACACGACGGAGAAUCAGGCCAUCAGAGAGGCAACUGGUGGAAGAAUUGCCUUUCAACAAUAUCUGUUGUCUGAGGAUUCCUUAGUUCGAGAAUGGGCAGAGCAUGCGAGAGAUGCGUUCAACGACGUUCGGAACUCGCCCAACCCCAUCAUACGAAAAUAUUGGUGGGAGCUUUACCAGCAGCGGCGCCUAAAGUCCCAGGAGACAUGGGGUACAAAAAAGGCUGACAGGGCCAAAGAGCUUCUUGCUGGGGCAAAGGCGACUGUUAAAGUUUCCCAUCACGGCGAAAUGACUGAGGUCAUGGGUGGUAUGUUCAGAUUUACUGUGGCAAGAAGCCUCGGGCUUCAUCUCCGCCACGGCGAUGAAGUCACUCUCCAAUAUCAUAUGGCGGCAACACGACACCCGCAUCCUUAUGCCAAUAAAUCACUACCUACAGACCCUGCAUGUCGUCUAGGGAUUUCUAUUCGUGGGAGGGACAUGAAUGGAGAGUUUCAACGUUGGCUGCAUACCAACGGAGAGUUAAAUGUCAGGAAAAUGAAUUCUCUUGUCGACGUUUUGGAAGGGUAUUCUCUAGGGGAAAUCAAGGAGUUCAAGAGGCGUUGGCAUGUCAACAAAAGCCGAGUUGAAGUGAACGAGAAAACAUUGCGAAGGCAUGUGUACACCUGA